AAAAAAAGAUACGAACACUUUUUGGAGGAGAGAAAAAUAAAGCAUUUAAAUAAGAUGGCGCACAUAUAUAUUGGAAUUAAUAAAGGUGCUCCCAAGUAGAGAAAAGGGUUUUUAUUGAUGGAAGAGAGAGAAAUGGGUUUUAGUUGGUUAGUGAAGAGCCCAAAGAAAGAAGAUGAACAACAAGUUCCUAAUUCCAUUUGGGAAGACGAUUUUAAAGCCUUUUUUGAGCUCACCGAUGAAGAAAACCCACCGCGGCCGCCGCUGCAGCAGCCGGAUUAUCAUUUCCACGACGGCGCCUUUAUGGAAAACAAGAACAAGAUUUCUUUGAACUUAAAUCUUAACUACGAAGAGGUUUUGGAAGCAUGGUCCGACCGUGGAUCUCUCUGGGCCGCCGCCGCGUCUUCUCUUACCGACGAUGCAACUCACGACCCCUAUAUGGGAGAGGUUCCAAGAAUGGAGGAAGAAAGAACAAGAAGGGUGCUGAGGUACAAGGAAAAGCGUCACACCAGAUUAUUCUCCAAGAAGAUAAGAUACCAAGUUCGUAAGCUCAAUGCUGAGAAAAGGCCCAGAAUAAAGAACUUUUUCUGUGGAUUUCAUUGUCGUGGGCCUCUCCAAACCAAAACACAGCAACUUGCCAUUAAAGAUACACUCUGAAUUGACCAUAAAAAUUUUAUAUGCCAUUUUUGCUAAUCAGUCCCUCAAGAAAGCAUAAAUUGUAGCAAUAGGUCUUGUCCGUCACCUUUAAGAAGGUGUUUGGACAGCAGAUUUAGACAGCUCUUUGAUCUAAAUGUUUCUUUUUCUUAUCCCAUUUUUGGGUUGGGUUUGGUGGACUUCACGAAAAUUACUUUUUUAGUCUUUUGAAUUUUGAAGAAUCUAUGUUUGGUCUUUGAAUUUUCAUAAUAUACAUUUUUAAUUCUCGAGUUUUGUAGAAUGAUACAUUUGGUUUCUAAAUUCUAAAUAUAUCUUUUCAGUACCUUAAUUCUUUUUAAAAGUUUAAAAGGUAUUUAUAGUAAUUUUUUUAUAUAUUAAAUUACGUGUUGUCUCGAAAAUUAAGAUAUAUUUGGAACUCUUAAAAACUUAGACUCAAAACAUGUAAUCAAAGAACUUAUAAAUCAAAUGUACUUAUUCUAAAACAUUCUAGAUUAAAAAAAAGUAUGUUUUAAAAACUCAACCAAAUGCAUAUAUUCUUCCAAAUUCGAGAAUUAAAACAUUGUAAUUUUUCCUUAAAUUUAAGAUGAUAAAUUUUGAUGAUUCUUAACUUGUAUUUAAAUAGUGGUUCAUUGGAGGAAAUUUGGGUAAGUUCAUAUACAAUUUGAGAGGCAAGUUUAAAUGGCAUGAAUUUUUGUACCAUGGGAGUUGAGAUUUAUUAAUUGAACUCCAAAAGUUUUAUUCUUAUAAUGGUUGGUACAAUAUACUUUGUUGUGGGUGAAUUUGAAUAAAAAAUAAAAAUAAAAAAGAAGAUAAAAGAGAAGAUAAACACUAGAUAAAAUAGAUUUAUUUAAUCAUAUCAAAGCCUAAUUUAUUAGGAUUAGAAAAUAUUUAUCUCACUUUUAUUAUAAGAGGAAAAGGUAAACUUUAUCUCAUUCUCCCUAUAAAUACAUCAUUAUAGCUUCAUAUAAGAGAACGAAGAACUUGAAAAAUAUUUAUAUUAUUUUCACAAACAAUAUGUUCACGGGACAAGGUCGGAAAUGACAUCUCGUCCCCGUCCCCACCCCAUUUAAAUUUUUAUCUCCGUAAAAUUCCCCACUUAAUACUCUCUAUGAAAGAAUUGGUCAUUUUCUAUUUUAGAAAUUAAGUUGUCUGAGAGAUAGAGAAACAAAAUUCAUACCAUGUAUUAAGUAAGAAUUUUUUUGCUUAAAUAUGGUUCAACUAACAUGAAGUUUAUAUUAUCAAUCUUGAUGUUAGAGGUUUGAUCCUCUACUUCACAAAGUAUUAAAAAAAAAAAAAAAAAAGAAUUCUUUCGUGCCCAAGUAAUUGAAUAGUUUAGAGAGUUUUGUAGUUGAAAGGUUUUUUUUUAGAGUAAAUUUUAAAGUUACAUUACAAGCUUAAUUAGUCUUUGAAAUUUGAAGUUUAUGUCUAAUAGGCGCACUUGUCUUCAAUUCUGUGUCUAAUAAAAACCCAAAUUUUAAAUUUUGUGUUGAUGGGGGGAUUUGUGAAUUUUAAAAAUAUUUUAGAAAUCUAAGUUGUUUGAGAGAUGGAGAAAAUAAAAAGGAAGAACAUUUAAUACCAUAUAUUAAAUAAGAAUUCUUUUGGCAAAAUAAAAAUAGCUCAACUGACAUAAAAUUUAUACUAUCAAUCUCCAUGUCACAUAUUCAAUUCUUUGGCUACCAAUUGUCGGAAAAAAAAAAAAAGAAAAAAAAAGAACACUUUCUUGCCCAAAGGGAUGAAUAUGUUUAAGGACUUGUGUUGUGGAAGCCUUUUUAAGAGUAGAUAUUAAGGUUAAUUUAAAGUUUGUGUUUAAUAAAAUCUCAAACUUUAAAUUUUGUGUUGAUCAGGUAGAUUUGUGAAUUUUAAAAUAUUGAAAAAUUGAAAGAUAAAAUUUAUAAUUUAACCAAAAUUUAACUUUAUCUUUUUAGAGCAACAAAUCUUCAAGUAUUUUGAAUUAUUUCUAAAAUAAAUUACAAAAAAAAA